AUGCAUAAAGACUUCCGCACUCAACUAAGUCACGAUAUUCGUGAAUACUUCCACAACAACACCUUACCAGAAUUGGAACCCACAACCACCUGGCAAGCUCAUAAAGCAGUGGUCAGAGGGAUCUUUAUCAGUAGGGCGGCAUAUAUAAAAAGAACUAAAGAACAAAAAUAUCUGGAUUCAUUAAAAAAAACUAAGGGAUUUACAAAACGCCCACUACCUAACCCCUACGGCAGACUUGGCACAGAAUAUACUAUCGAUCACGAAACAAAUAAAUGGGCUACUCCUAGACGAAACAGCACAUAUGCUACAGAACCUGAAAAUACGCACUUACACUCAGGGCAAUAG